UUGGACGACACGAUCUCCUGUUACCAAUCAUAACCAUUACAAUUUCCCACAAAAAUUUUCAUUUGAAAAUGCGCUUUUAAUAGUGAUUUUUAAAUAUCGUAUUUAAAAGUAUGGAGAGUAGCUUGCAUAAAGGCUGUUAAGUUUCUCUCAAAACACUCACCGGAGACUAAACAUCCACAAUUUUACAAAGUCAUUCUCUCGAAAUGGUUACUAUAUUGGUUGUAAACAAUGCUGUGAUUGGUGAAUUUAGUGGAGAGGAUUUAAAAUGAUUGGCUUAUGCAACUGUCCGAUUACACGGUCCAAUUACAACAUUGCAAAUUAAUCAGAGCAAAAUACAGCAGUUUAUGCACCAAUCACAUUUGAGGAAAUUGUAAUUGUUAUGAUUAACAGCUUAAUUAGUUUGGUUGUUUCUGGUUAAAAUGGAAAGCACAAUGGAUCAUCCUAAAACUAUAAAACAUAAAAUAGCUAAUAGAUGAGCAAAGAGGAAUUCAGUAAUAGCUAGUAAUAAAAAAUAUACGUCAAUUUUAACGUUUCUAGGCUUGUGUAUGGAACAUGCGAUGCCCCAGGGAGGGGAGGGGACAGAAUCAUAAAAUGUAGUCAGUGGGAAAAAUUAAAAUGGAAUACCUAAUCAUUACGAAAAAGGACUUUUACAUAUAACUCCCGUUAGUGCAUACGGAGAAACCCAACCAACCGAAUGGCAAGCUGUAGGUGAGACUAGCCAGUUCAUGCCUUUAUAGCACUGAGUUUUAUUUGUAAAGGUAAAUCAAGUCUUUUAUGUGGUAUUAGGUCGUUUUUCACAACUAGACAGGAAACUGGCAGCAGAUGCAGUUUGUGUAUCUGAUAGGAAAGCCAGCAGAUCACUGAAAUAAUAACUAUUGUGGUAAUCGUGGAAAGUAAUUACAAUUGCUUGUACUAGUUACGAUUAGUUUUGGAGGUAUCUGCUUACAUUUUUCAUUUAUUCUCUGCUUUUCAUUUAUUUUCUGUCAAUUUGUACAUGGAGACAUGUAAUUACGUAGUUAUUAUAACGGGUAAAGUUUAGUUUACCGGUCUCGCAACAAAGCUUGGACAAAAGCUUCCAAAUAUAAUGUGAAAAAUUAUCCCUAAAAAUUGAUUUUAAUCAAAUGCCCAACUCCCUCUAUGAGACGCGCCUGCAGGGAAUCAUGAUAGUUGUAUUCAUCAUUUUAGACUGGAUGUUUGUUUUCAUGGAUACAACUACCAUGAUUCCCUGCAGGCCUGUCUCAUAGGGGGAAUUGGCCAUUCCGAAGACAAGACAAAUUUCAUGAAAGAAUUUCCUUGGGGGCUGGGGCGGUGGACCGGGGGGGGGGAGGAGAGGGGCAACUGUGCCUCUUUAUGGUGGUAUAGCUUUCUGUCAGCUGACUAAAUUAACGAUAUAAUCAAUUAAACAAAUAAGUAGAUAGUAGAAAGACAGAUUUUCAUAGCUUCUUUCAGUUGAUAAUUGUACAUUUGAUUAGAAGCUCGGUAAUGACCUAUCACAGGACUUGUACGUCAGGAGAUUUUUUGAGGAAACGAGUAAUCCUAGGUUCCUUCGCAGUAUUACACAACACAGUUGUAGCUACUUGUUAGUGGAAUAUAUGACGAUGAAAUUUGACAGAAGAGUAUUAAACCUUCUUCUUUUGAACUUUUGAAAAAAUAUGUAUAAUAUUACGUGACAAGCCAUAUAUAAAGGUGUGUGAUCCUUGCUUUAUGGAGCGCAUAUUAAUUCCGGGAAACAAACCGUUUUUUUCGAUCCCUCGUUAGACAUUAGGAGAAUGUCCUUGUUCUCUGGCACAAUGAGAAUACGCCAUGAUUCCAAGUAAAAUCGGCAUUGAAAACGGCAAACUCAUUCAGUUCUUGCUGUAAGGCAUUAUCUUAACCAGCGCAGCAGUUAGAAAUAGCGAUCCAAAACAACAAACCCAAUGAAUUUAGAAAUGAAUGGGAUAUAUCAAUAUUUUCCAGCGCUAAUGAUUAUUAAUAAUUUUUUUUUUCGUUUUCUCUUUUGCUGUGUCAUCAGUUAAAAUACGCGAUUAGUCAAAACUGUGUGAUGUGUACCCAGUGUAACGUUUUGUAUCCUUGUCAACUGCAGAUCGCUUUGUGAAAACAUCCGGGCGCUGUUCCCUUAACUUUUCUAGAACAAAACCCGAGGGCUUAAUCGUAUCCUUGGGUGAGAUUGGGGUAUCCCCUUACUGAAGUUCUCUUCCGCCCAGGUAAAAUUUUGGCUACAUUUUAUAACUCGACCUGCUUGAAAAAAAGUUUCAAUUAAUGGCUUUUUUUUUUUUUUUUUUUUUUGCAUCUUUUUGUUUUCUAGUAGUUUCAGUAUAACGUAUCAAUAGUUUUUCCUCAUGCAUUUUAUGUUGCUUUUCCUCUCCCCAAUGAAACCACAAACCCUGAAAUACCGUGAAUCAGUUGAGAAGCGCUUUAUCUUUCCGUGAUGGAAUAACGCCUUCUAUCUUUGCUAGUUAGCCUGGGUGACGAUAGUCUGUCCAUAGACGUCUAUUUUAAUUUUUGGCUACGAUUUAUCUUUCUUUGAGCUUGCGCGGCCGCGAACCGGGCGCAAAACUCUAAUUUUGCCUUUCUCCAGAGCCAUGCCCUUGUUUUCGGGCUUUUUCAAAUCCCCCUGCGGUUAACACUUUUCAGUACUAAUUGUGAUCUCAGCGAACUCGAGACAAAAUAGAGGGUCUGCGAAUAGACUAGCUUGGCUAUAAUUUAGCGUUUUUUUUUUCUCGAGAUUUUUCACUGGAAUAAAACAACCCACUAGGUUCGCUAGCUGCAGAAAAGCGCACACAAUUGUUUUGUCUAAAACGGUUUCUGGCCAACGCCACACGCUGUCCUCAUUGGCUCUGUAUGGCGGGCUCACGAGGUCGGUUAUUGAUUCGUUCACCUGUUGGCUGGUGGCGUAAUUUGGUUUCACUCCUGUCAUGACCAAAAAUAACAAUAUACUCCAUGCAAAAGAUAGCUCGGAAGAAACAGAAAAGUUCUGGGUGGACUAGCAAGAUAUCCGAAAAUUGCUUAAGGAGGUUUACGGAAGAAAAUAUUUCUGUUGCUUUUACACAAAGCCCACAUUACUUGGAGAGCUCGACCGGUUGUGGAUUGUGUUGCUUUGAGUUCAUUAUACGCUCGACUGAUCAAAAACUUCAGGCAGUGGGCGACCACUCAAUUAUAAGGCGUUUCCAAAGCUGGAGAUAGCACUUUCGUCGUGAAGAUCUGCGGACAACGGAACGAACUUUGAGCAGGAAGUAAGAAAGACACACCAAUUUUCACAUCACGAUAUCCUUGUUUGAAAACUGUAUGGAGUUAAUGGAAAAUGGACAAUCAAACAUACAAGCAAUGGGUUGUCCAAACAACAAUCACCUGUUGACUAACUAAAUUGUCAAUCCACAAGAAAAUAACAGUGUUAUUCACGGGCAGACGAGUUCAUUUCUGCGCAGGAACAUCUUGGUUGAGAGGAAACUUUCUUGUACACCCAAAGAAUUUUUUCAUUGCCAAGCAAAUUUGAGAAAAUUGUUGCCAAACUGGAUCAACGGACACACAAGGUGUGAAAUAUUAGGAACCACGAAAGAAAUUACCAUUGUCGACUAUUUAGUGCGUUUUGUUGGCUGCAAAGAGCCUGGACUAUUGGUUACUAGGUGGAAGAAAGAAAAUCAAGGCUAAAGUGAUAGAGUUUUCUUUGGCAUCGCAUUACCCAAGAAGACUUGACAGAGCUGAAUGGUUUUGAGUAUUCAUCUGCUUAUCGUUCAACCUAUCCCACAAUUCUUUAUGGGUUUCUAUGGGAGCAGCUCUACAGACUCUGGGCUUAGCGGAAGUAGCGAGUGAGGUCGCUUGUUGCGCAGGCUCAGCAGCGUGCAGUUUAUUUUGCAAAAAGAAAGUCGGUGGCAUCAGAUCGAGGCUAUACUUUGCCGUGUUUUUAAUCCUGGGUACGAUUCUUUGUCUUGUAAUGCUUUCUCCCAACAUGCGGAUGUAUCUGGAUAAAAUUCCGUUUCUUUGCACAAGACUUGCUUCUAAACGAGUGUGUGACAACCUUGUGGGGUAUGGAGCGGUGUACAAAGUUUCAGUCGCCAUGUCUGCGUUCUUUUUGCUGUUUUCUCUUCUCACCUACAACGUACACUCGAAGAAGCAAUUUCGCGCCAGAAUUCACAACGGCUUCUGGUACAUCAAACUGUCACUGUUUGUUUUGAUAAUAGGAGUCGUAUUUUACCUGCCGAAUACGGACCCCUUCAGUAAGAUAUGGAUGUAUAUCGGACUCACUGGCGGGUUUAUGUUUAUUCUCAUUCAAAUAAUUCUCGUGAUUGACUUUGGUCACUCGUGGAGCGUGUCGUGGGCAGAGAAGAUGGACACACUUGACACGAAAUGUUGGUAUUUCUCGCUGGCGUUUUCAACAGCUUUAGUCUAUUCCCUGUCUGUGACGGCUGCUGUUAUGUUUUACCUCUUUUUUACUAACCCAGAUGACAUAUCGCAGUGUAAAGCAAACACAUUUUAUAUCAGUUUCAACGUGGGACAUUGCGCUUUGGCCACGAUAAUUUCCGUGCUACCUCGUAUUCAAGAAGAAACAACAGGAGCCGGUCUCCUACAAUCUUCGGUCAUUACGAUAUACACCAUGUAUCUUACAUGGAACACUCUUUCAUCUCAGCCAGACUCUAAGUGUAAUCCGCUGGGCGCGGUCAUACUGGAAUACGAUAAGGUUUCUGGUGUGAACGGGCAAGCUAUAUUCGGAACGCUUUUAAUGUUCGCCUUGCUAGCGUUUGCGUGCACUGUCCGCGCUAGUACGUCACAAUUGGGGAAACUGGGUCUGUCUUUGUCUGACAGCCCUGAAUUCUUGCGAAAAAGCGCCGAGAAAAACGCGAAACGUCGAAAACAGAAUAAAGAUUCCAACGAAGAAGGCAACGGCGACGAAGAACAAGAAAGCGAAGACGUUGCGUAUAGUUAUUCUUUCUUCCACUUUGUUCUUUUUCUAGCGUCAUUACAUGUAAUGAUGGUUAUGACGAAUUGGCAUAGUCCAGAUGAAAACGUCGACUUCAAGAAAAUGGUCAAAAACUGGGCAGCGGUGUGGGUGCAAAUGGCAUCAAGCUAUAUUUGUUGCCUGGUGUAUAUAUGGACUCUUGUGGCGCCGUUAAUACGCAGCACGUGGGGUCACUAUAUCGGCCUAGAUUUGGAAACUGUUAGGUUGCCUAGUGCGAGAAGGGCGAGCGCAGCGCGUUUAAGAGACGAUUUCAAGAAGGCUAAGGAGAAAUUGAAAACAUCUGAAGCUACACCUGAUAGGACUAAACCUAAGCAGCAGAUCGAGCAAAACAGUAAAGCGAGAAAAAGAAACUUGCAAGGAAAUGAAAAUCUUCGAACAGACCAGAAUUCUGUUGUGAGCGAAGCAAACAAACUGGACUCUAGCGCUAGGGAAUUAGAUCAAAAGAGGACAGAAGCUCAAAAUCCUAUUGAAGUGAGGCAUACAAAAAUAGAAACUAAAAGCCACUAUGAACGCACGAGUGCAAGAGCGGUUGAAAAACGAACUGAUAAACACAAAGUUAAACCUACUUCGUCAGAUGAUAGUUGCUUUCUUUCUCGCGAUACUUCGGUAAAUAAGCGGACGGAUUCAUGUUCUUCCGACAGAACUCCGGAGGAACAAAUAAAACUUCCAAAUCCGUCACUACCAGUUCGAAUACAAAUCGAUCAUCCAUUCGAGAAAAUAACGCAAGAAAGCAUUUUCAAGAACAGCGUUAAACAACCUGAAGUUUCCAAGGAAAUUCUCAGACUUCAAGAGAGAAUUCUCAGAUUUCAGGCGAAAAUUGUGAAAAUCCAGCAUAAAAUUUUAUCCAUACAGGAAACAGGAGAAGUUACUAUUCCAAGGAUGGAAAACGUUUCGAAAAGAGGGUAGCUUUGAAGUUAUAGCUCUUUGUUAUUAAUAAAAUCAGCUUAGAAAAUAGUUUAAUUGAAGCGUCUCAGGGGUUAAAGUGAAAAGUAAAGAAUGUGUAUUUAGAAUUUACAGCCUGUGGGAUUGCGUUUACAAGAAUGGCAGACCUAUAGGUUUAGCAAUUGGGUUUUCACCUGGUCUGGCAGAGGAGUUGAACCGUUGGGACUCGGUAUCCAGAACUCCGGAUUGAGAAGACCAACCCCCUACUCACUCGCGCCAACUCUGACUGUAUAUAGUUUUGAAGUUUGUCUCGCAGGCAUUAUGGAGAAAGAGGAACUUUUGUCGGAAAUAUGUGCUCAGUUACUCUCAUAAAUUCUCGUGACGCUUCGGUAUUAAAAAGACUGUACGUAGACUGUAAAUAUUCAAAGACUACCUUUUAAUUGCUUUGUUUUUAUUUGUGCUAUGUAAUCACGUCAUACAAUGAUGCUGGCAUGAAGUUCCUGCAAAGGUUAUUGUAACGGUUUUUGGCCUUCAUUGCCUUAAUAUUCACUUGGUGACUUCUAUUUUGUAUUAUGAGCAAAAAACUUUUUAUAAGAAUUUGUAUCAAACUUAUAUUGAAACAUAUAUAUGGAACACGAAAGCUGAAUUUCAAGUGAAAACAAUGAAAUUAAAAAAAAACAUUUAAUCCAAUAACUGCUUGGUAGCUUCUGUUGUUUUUAUACCAUAUAGUGACCAACUAAUUGUGUUUUUAUACUUAAUAGCCCAGUUUCGAGUUCGCCAUCAUGAUGACCGCUGAUUAAAAGCCCUGAGAACGCAUUUGCACAGGGUUAGCCUCGACCUAAAGUAAAAUGUUCACAAAUUCCAGUGAG